AUGGCGGGAAGGGACGAGCACGGCGAGCGGGGGGGGUCCGACGCCGCUGUCAAUGGCCCUGCGGUGGCGCAGAUCGUCAAGAUCGGCGGCGCUGCGCUGACGGACAAGGGGACGCCGGAGUGCCUGCGGGAGGGGGCGCUGAGGGACACGGCGCGGAUGCUGAGGCGCGUGAUGGACGGCAACGGACCCGCGCGGCGCCUCGUGGUCGUGCACGGGGCCGGAUCUUUUGGCCACAUCCAGGCCAGUAGGUCGGGGGUGGCGGGAGGCGGCCUCGACAGCGACGCCGUCAGGCGUGGCUUUGUGGAGACCAGGCUUUCGGUGACAAAACUCAAUCACCACGUGGUUGCUGCGCUGGCCAAAGAGGGUCUACCGGCAGUGGGAGUGCCGAUAUGUGGCUACUGGACGACUUCUAAUCGGCAGGCAGGUUGCCAAGGAUGGUUGUCAGGCUGUUGUUGA